AUGACUCGUCGCCCAGUAAUACAAUCCAUAUUCUCCCUCGGUGGUUCACUAGCCAUGGUUAAAGGACUUAAAAGGGUACUAAGGAAAUAUGAUCUCCCUGAAAACUGGUUAACUCCAACUCAAGGAAACAGCACGCAAGAGAACAUCAACAAAACGAAUGAAUUAAUCAGUAUCCUACAGGAAGUAUCCAACGCAAUGCACUCUCGUGAUGACAUUAGUUUUAGUAAACAAUUAGAAGAAGCAGGGGAUGGAAUCACAUGGAAGAAAGUUGGGUUGUUUGUAUUAAAAGAGUCGAUUAAUAUGGAUACAAAAAUCGCUGCUGGAAUUAUUUUUACCAUCUUAUUUUUACCUUUAUUAUCAGCAUUAUUGUCUAAUUCAAUAGGUAAAAAAUUGCGUAAGAAAAAGAAUGAUAAUGUUGAUUUUGCUACACAGACGGAACAAAGUCAUCACUAUGGGCCUGCAGAAAGGGCUUUACUACAAUUUGGUAAGAGUAAAUCGGAACCUAUAUUACUUGAGGAUAAUGAUAUCCAUCCAAUAUUAUCCAAUCUGGCAGGUGAAAAAAUAGAGGAAGGAAACCAAAGUGAGGAGGAAGAAAAGGGAAUUACGGGCGGCAAGGAAGACGAAGGUAAAGACGAAGAACAACAAGAAGAAGGUGAUGACUACGGGCAAGGAGAAAGUGAAGAAAACGUUGAAAUUAUAUCCCCUGAAGUUGAUGAUGAUUUAAAUGAGGAGGGAAAUCAUAUUCAAGUAGAAGAUGAUGAAAACACCAACUCUUUCGAAAAUGUUACAAGUUUCAGUAAUAAUAUUGAAGAUAUCAAUUCAUUCUUGAGGCCAAUCGAGGAAGAGGAAGGUAAUGUCAAUGAUAAUAAAAAUAAAGCUGAUAAUGAACAAAACGAAGUUGAAGCUGAUCAAGUUGAAGGUGCACAAACUUCAAUUAAAGAAGAUAAUAAUGGAGAGGAUAGAAAUGAAACAGACACUACUUACGAUAUGGCCAUACGAACGAUUGACUUUGGUGAAACCCCUUCCCCUAACUCAUUAACCCACGACGUUGAGAAUGAAACAUCGACAACGAAUAACUCUUCCUAUAAACUCUCCCAUCCAAAUAACGCAGACGUGGCCCUAAUACAUUUGGAGCCAGAUACGACUGCCCUAGAAAGGAAUACUUUAACUUUCCCUGAAGAAAUUCCUGAUUUAAAUGAAGCAGAAGCAUUAGUUGGUGGAGAAGAAAAGUCCAAGGAUUUAAGAGUAUCAUCUAAUGGUUCUUUAAGUUCACAUUCAAACAGUCCUCAUAUUCAUGUUUCACCUACGAAAUCAAUGCAUCCAGAUGCACAAGUGAACAAAGAACAAGCAUAUUCUCAACCAUUUACGUACUAA